AGCCCCCUCCUUACUCGCCCCACUAGCCCCCAGAGCCAGGGAUAGAACCCAGGAGUCCUGGCUCCCAGCCCCCUCCUUACUCGCCCCACUAGCCCCCACCUUGAUCAUUUCUCAGCACCCUGGUUCGGACCCUCUGUGUUCCCUGGGGAACUGGUGCCAAUACAACCCAGCCACCCCCUCCCAGUGAUGGGAAAGGAAGCUACGCCCCCGCCCCCCCCAUGCAAUCCAAGGUUCUGGGAGGACAAAGGUCAGAGGGGUGGGCACGAAGGUAUUUAAACAGCAGCCCAGGGGAGGGGGGUCUCUUUAAACAGCUGCAAUAGCUCCUUGGUGUCCCCCUGGCUGCUCCUGGAGGUCAUCACCUGCUUGGCAGCCAGUUCCUUCCUGGGCUCCGGCUCCUUGGCCCCCCCAGGAGGAGAGGGGGGGUUAGAUUUGCUGCUUGGCUGCCUUCAGUUCAACUUCUCCUCCACCAGUGUCUGGUUGCAGAGAGACCCGGCAGAUCCAGGCAAGGGCCCGUGUCCCCCUCGCCGCCCCGCCAUGACUGUCACCUACACGGCCCGCGUGGCCAACGCCCGUUUCGGGGGCUUCUACAAACUGCUACUGCUCUGGCGUGGGAGUAUCUACAAGCUGCUGUACAAGGAGUUCCUGGCCUUCUUCGUCACCUACUUGGGGCUCAGCCUGACCUACCGCUUCGUCCUGGCCGAGGAUCAGAAACGCUACUUUGAGAAACUGGUGAUUUACUGCGACAACUACGCCAACCUGAUCCCCGUCUCCUUCGUGUUGGGCUUCUACGUCACGCUGGUAGUGAACCGGUGGUGGAGCCAGUACAGCUGCAUGCCCAUGCCCGACCGCCUGAUGUGCGCCAUCUCCGGCUCCGUGCACGGCGGGGACGAGCGAGGCCGGCUCUACCGCCGCACCCUGAUGCGCUACAGCAGCCUCUCGGCCGUGCUCAUCCUGCGCUCCGUCAGCACCGCCGUCUUCAAGCGCUUCCCCACCAUCGACCACGUGGUGGAGGCAGGCUUCAUGACCCGGGAGGAGCGGAAGAAAUACGAGAACCUGAGCUCGUCCUACAACAAGUACUGGAUCCCCUGCGUCUGGUUCACCAACCUGGCGGCCCAGGCUCGCAAGGAGGGGCGCGUCCGGGACAACUGUGCCCUCAAGAUGCUGAUGGAGGAGCUGAAUCAGUUCCGUGCGAACUGCAGCAUGUUGUUCCACUACGACUGGAUCAGCGUCCCCCUGGUCUACACGCAGGUGAGCGCCGACCCCAUGGAGUGGAGGCUGGCGGAGCCCGGACGCCGGGCUGAGCUGUGCUCCCCCCAGGUGGCCGAGCAGCUGAUCAAUCCCUUUGGGGAGGAUGACGACGACUUUGAAACCAACCUGCUGAUCGACCGCAACUUCCAGGUCUCCAUGAUGGCGGUGGACGAGAUGUACGACGACCUGCCCCUGCUGGAGAAGGACCGUUACUGGGACGCCUCCAACCCCCGCGCCCCCUACACGGCGGCCACCGUCUUCCUGCUGCACCAGCCGUCCUUCCAGGGCUCCACCUUCGACAUGACGCUGCCCAAGGAGGACAUGCAGUUCCAGCCGCUGGAGGAGAUCGAGGAGGGGCUGGAGCCGAGCCGGCACGUCCCCCUGCACCUCCUGAACCGGCUGCUGGCCACGGGGCCCGCCCCGGGCGGCUUCGGCCGGCGCCUCUCCCUGCUGCGCCGCAAGAACAGCUGCGUCUCCGAGGCCUCCACCUCCUACAGCUGUCUGUGCCAGGACACGCAGAGCACGGACUGCAGCUGUGGGCCCCCCACCCGCCGCCUGCCCCUCAGCGAGGUCCCCUUCGCCCUGGAGCAGCAGGGCUGGGAGGGGGGCGAGGAAGCCGGGCCCCGGGCCCCGGGCAGCCAUGAGGAGGCCUUGGCCGAGGAGUCGGACCUUGCCCGGCGGUCCCAGGUCUCCUUGCUUCACCCCGAUGGCGCCGCCCCUGUGGCCGGCAGCUUCCCUUCGCCACAGGACCUGGGGCCCCUUGUGGACACGUCCUUCCUCCCGCAGCCGGGAGCCGCCCAGGAGCCCCCCGCCCGUAGCGGCCCCCCCAGUGCCGGCUACCGCCCCUGGCUGCAGAACCGCAUCGAGGAGGAGACGAUGGGGUGAGCCGGGCCGAGACUCGGAGACGCCCUGCAGCCGGGGGAAGCGGGGACCCAACCCCAGUGCCGGCUGGGGGCCGACCCCUAGAUGUGACGGCAGAGACACCUGGUUCUGGGCCAGAGGCAGCUGAGCCCCGCUCUGGUGCCACCAGAUGAACUGUUCAAAGGGGGGGCGUUAAUCGGGGGGGCCAUCAACAUUCGCCCCCUCCCGCCCCGGACCCCUCUGCUCCCUGGCUCGCCGGCUACGUGCUGGGCCCUGGUGGUGCAGCGCUCCCUGCUGGCUGACCCGUCCUGGUCCCAGCUCCGGUCCCCUCAACUCUCAUCCACAGCAGCGCGGGACCCUGCUGCAAAUGCCCCCGUCUUCGAGGCAUCGUUUCAUUAGCCCUGGGCUGCCCCGGCCUCUCCCCUCGCUCGCCCACCAGGACUGGAUGGGGGGGGGUGUGCGCUGAGCUGGGGCGGGGGCAGCUGCACCCCUCUGGGGCUGGGGGAAAAUGGCUCAAUCCCUUGUCUUUCACUGUCUGGUUCCUGCCUUUUUAAAUAUAAUUGUAUUAAGCGGCUCUUGAG